CAGCGACGGCUCGUUGUGGUUCAGAGGCAAAACUCGCAGACGAGAGGCUCAGCCAGCUCGAUACGCAGCCGAGCUCCUCCGCGCGUAACAGCUGGCAUUUGCAGCGUUUCGAGCUGUUUCGCAUCUCGACUACUUGGUUCUUCAGCAUCGAGCAUCGCUACGGCAUCGAUAAGCACGCAAACUCACAAUACAGAGUCAGCAUCCUGGUGCAGCAUCCAGCGCUGGCGGCGCGUGGCAACCGGCAACGCAUCCCAUUUCUCUCUCAUUGAGUGCUGACAGCGAUCGCACGCGAUUGCAUCCAUUUCUCUCGCAUUUAGUGCUGGCAGUGAUUGCACGCGAUUGCUCGGCGCCCUCGACUGGGUCUGCAAGAAACAAAGAUGCACCGCUGGUGGCUCCUCGCCGCCCUGCCACUCUUGACACAAGCGUUAGCACCGCCCGUCCUGAAAGCGCGCCUCGAGGCGCAAGAAACGCGAAUACGGGAGCUCAAGAAACGGUGCGAGGACGUCUUGCCGAGCGAGGACGAGGCAGCUUUACUGCUGGACGGCUACUACCCCGCCUUGGAUCGAGACGCGGCCCUGGACCACUUUUUACUACGUUUCGUGGAUGGAGUUAGAGACGGCAUCGACCUCGCGGACGCCGAAAGCACACUCCGCGACAGCCUCGCGUGGCGGCGCGGCGUCGGGCGGAUUGUAUUAGAGAAGGCCCAGGAGGCCGUCGACGAAGCGAGCAACGUCACCAGUGAUGCGUCCGCAAGUACGACAGCGAGGCAGAAGGGCCGCUGGAAGAACGCGCCCGUGCAGCGCAACCUGCCGCACAAGUUCGCCGUGGGCGAAUUCCUGACCGAUGAACAAUUAACUUAUGUGUUGGACGGGCAGCGCGCUCGACUCGUCUGCUGCAUUCAAGGUAGGAGAAUCGACGAGGACGGGUUGAUGCAGGCUCUAGAAGCCCAAAGUUCGCCCGACGACCAUGCCAUGAGCUGUGUGGACGUCGAAGAGGCGGUGGACACGCUCGCGAUGCGGCGUUUACAACAUUCCUUCCUGUAUUCGAAAGCGGUCAACGCGAGAGUCUGCGCCUUGCUGUCGCUGAAGACGGGCGUUUUGGUCACGGUCGUCACAGUCAACGAUUUGAAGGACGUUUCGUUGAGAUCGACGAAGCUGGCCGGGCAGUUCCGCGCGGCGCUCGGUGGCGCGGCGCGGCGGGGCGACCGGUUGUUUCCGACGCUAGCUGGACCUACGGUGAUAGCAAACUUGCCGAAGGCCAUCCAGUUAUUAGUUGGACUGGUCGCGAACCUGUUUCCUGUUUCUGUCCGACGUUUUCUGACCUUCGCGCGCAUCGACUCGUUGGAUGAUGGAUUGCGACGGUUGCUCGUCGAGCCGGACGCGUCGGCGGUCUUCUUGGACGACGUCGACGCGACGAUCGACAAGAUGCUCAGAAGGCUGCCGCCGAACGCUAAGCAGUAAGUUUGUUCGUCUCGUG